GUCUCGCUUUCAUGGUGUAACUGCACUCCAUGCUUUCGCACUUCCUUGACAUCAGGGUUCAGUCCGAAUACUCUACUAGGACACGAAAUUGUGGCACGAUGUUGACAAUAGCGGAGGUUCGAGAGACUCGGGGCUUUUCGUGAAUAUGACCGCGAGCUACGGUACCUCCUACCGCUUGUCAUCACAGCUGGGAAUACUCAGUACGUUGAAUGGAUUGAAAGCGCGACUACGGUCAUGGUACUUCGGAGCCAGAAGAUCCGAGCAUAUCAAAGACGUCAAGUAUACUUGGGCACUAUCGGAGUGGUGAACCUGGGCGCAUGGUCCAUGUCCCAUCCUGGCCAGAGAGACUCGUGAGCUAAUCAUGCUGUGAGAACUUCACGAACUAUAUGGUUGCUGCCGGCAUACAGCAGAGCAGUCUUCGUCGUGCAUACCCUACUCAG